CUUUUGUUCUUUCUUCCUAUCUUUUUGUAAUGGAACCUCAACAACAACAACCAAACGAAGAUAUUACAAGUAGUAAUAACAAAAGCAACUUCCUAUGCAGGCAGAGUAGCACAAGGUGGACACCAACGACUGACCAGAUAAGAAUAUUGAAGGACCUUUACUACAACAAUGGAAUCAGGUCUCCAAGUGCUGAGCAGAUACAGUGGAUCUCAGCUCGUCUGAGACAGUACGGUAAGAUCGAGGGUAAGAAUGUUUUCUAUUGGUUUCAAAAUCACAAAGCUCGAGAAAGACAGAAAAAGAGAUUCACAGUUGAUCAUAUGGCCAUGCAAAGGGGAGGAACCGUUGUUGGUGGUGGUGGUGGGUGGAAACAUGAAGACUCUGUUCACAACAAGUACACAAGCGUCACUCCUGGGUUUUGUUCUUCUCCAUCUUCUUCACCUGGAGUUCUUGGUAUGGACCAGAUGGCAAGCCCUGGGUAUGGAUCUUUUCUCAUGGAGAAGAGCUUUGGGGACUGUUCCAUUUCAAAUGGUGGAGGCAACGGUGAUCCUGGGACUAUAAGCAACAAUAACUUUGGAUGGGUAGGUAUGGAUCCUUAUACGUCAAUGUACAGUAGUCUCUACGACAAUAGAAACUGGAUCAAUGGAGGGUUCAAAGAUGAUGGCGAGCAGGAUGAAGAAGAAGGUGGUGGUGGAGGAGGAGGAGGAGCCUCUGGUAAUGGUAUGGAAACGCUUCCUCUCUUUCCUAUUCAUGGGGAAGACAUUGCAGGAUUCUAUUCGGACAAGUCCAAUUCCGGUGACUAUCACUACAGCACAGGCAGUUAUGGAACGUACAACGACGAGAAAGGCAACAAUGGCUGCUCUCGAACGUCUCUUGAGCUUACCCUCAACUCCUACCGUUCGUCGAUGUCACCAGAUUAUUCUUGAGUUUGCCGGAAUCUCUCACU